AAGUUUGACAGUAAGCAUUGCCGCGAGCGCACGGUUGCGCUUUGUCCCAGCCACUUAACGAAUGAAAUAAUUUUUAUUUUUAAAAGCCCAAGUAGUUGCAGGAAGGCAGUUGGUGUUCAAUCGAAAGACGAUAGGCUACUUGGAAUGUUCAACGAUUUUGUGCUAUCGGUUUUCUUUUUUUGCAAGGAGUAGCCUAAUAUAUAUAUAUAUUUUGUAGUGAAGAUAAGCAUUGUACUGGAAUACAAAUAUGUCCAGGGAUCCAGAAGAAGUCAACAAGCUCACCGAAAGCACAUACAAGAAUGUAAUGGAACAGUUUAACCCCGGGCUCCGGAACCUGGUCAACCUUGGGAAGAGCUAUGAGAAGUCGGUAGUUGCAAUGACCCUGGCUGGGAAGCUGUACUUUGAUGCUGUUUCAAAAAUCGGGGAAAAUGCAGCAGUGUCACCAGUAUCAAGGGAAUUGGGGGUUGUGCUGAUGGAGAUUUCAGAAGUGCACAAGAAAAUUCACCUGGAGCUGGAAGAGAGUUUUAAAAGAUUUCACAAAGAAAUUAUUGGUGAAUUAGAACGGAAAACUGACAUGGAUGUGAAAUACAUGACUGCAACAUUCAAGAGAUACCAGACGGAGCACAAGCUGAAGCAGGACUCGCUGGAGCGGUCCCAGUCGGACCUGAAGAAACUGCGCAGGAAAAGCCAGGGGAAGAACUCCACCAAGUACGAGGGCAAGGAGAACGAGUGCCUGGAGACCGUAACCUCCCGUCAGAUGGACAUUCAGAAGUUCAUCGCAGAUGGCUGCAGGGAGGCCCUGCUGGAAGAGAAGAGGAGGUUCUGCUUCCUGGUGGACAAGCACUGCACAUUCUCCUGCCAGAUAUCUGAUUUCCACGACAAGGCGAAAGAGAUGCUGGCUGUGAAGCUGCCCACCUGGCAGGAUAAGUGCUGCGACGCCACUAAGGUGCCGGACAGUGUGAUGUCUAUGAUCGAAGGCCUGCGAACCCCUGUGUCCACUACCCCCCAGCCAUCACCCCUCCUGGACCGGUACAAUGGGAAGAACUUGUACACGACGGUUCCACCUCCAGCUCCACCACUGAAGGCGCAAACCAGCCCUCUGGUGAACAUGUUCACCCAGGACACACCCAAGGCUCCCAUCAUGGCUGACCGGAUCUCAGAUCACAAUGAGGAGAACAACUUACCCAGGUCUGUGUCUGUGUCCACGGGCCUCAACAUGAUCAAAAGACCCAAGGUCCAAACCAUCUUCCCACACACAGCGGGGAACAACGAGACCCUGCUCAGCUUCGACGAAGGUGACAUAAUCACACUGCUCAUCCCUGAGGAGAAGGACGGCUGGCUGUACGGGCAGCUGGAGAAGUCCAGGCAGAGAGGUUGGUUUCCUUCUUCCUAUUGUCGUCCUUAUACAGAUCCUGUGCUCAAAAGCAGUGUCUCCACACCCAUUCGCAGUUUAAGCAUCGUCAACCUGGCAGAGCAGGAACAGGCGGGCGUGGUGCUGCCCCCCCCAGACUACAGCGACAUGUCCAGCAGAAGCUCCUCCAGCAAGUCAUCCACCCCCUCGCCAGAAAACACGGCGACUCAACCAAAUGGCAUAUCCAAGCCUCCUUUCCUAGGGGGAGGGAAUCCCUUUGCUACAGUCAAACUGCGACCUACAGUCACCAAUGACAGAUCUGCUCCAGUCAUUUGAUUGGUCUGGGGUCAGGGGUCAGGUCCUGCAGUCCAACCAUGGUCUUAGUCCAAUCGCAUCUCCUUUGACACCACCCCCACCAACCUGCACCAGAUGUCACCAUUCUCAUAUUUGUAGCGGAAAUCCCCAUAUAGGAAUGUAUAGCUGUGAGGUGCGGGUUGGAUUGAAGAUUGAAAUGGUUGUGCUGGAUAAUAUCUGCUACAGAUGCCAUGUUUUUCAUUGAUGAUGUCAAAAGCUACUGCUGCCCACACUCACAUUGAGGUAGAGAAACAAUUUAUUUAUAUAUGUUUAAGACAAAUUCAGAUAUAUUUUAAGAAAAUUUUAUUGUGAAUAAUUAAACACAAGCAAUGCCUCAUUCUAUAUGAACAAAUGUGUACAAAGUAUUGACUCAAACCUUUUCCCCCGUUUUAGAAGAAAAUUGUAUGUAUUAUCAUAUGUAUUAGAAGAUUUUGACUGCUUGUUAAAACAUUUCAUUUUAAAGGUUUUUAUUUGCCAUUUGAUGCAAAAUGAAGUAUUCUGUAUGGGAUAUGUAUGGGUCAUUUAGCUUUCCACAAAUGUAAAAUUAUAUUGUUAGUAUGGUGAGGGUACAGGUGUAUCUUUGGCCUUUCAUUGAUAUAGUCUUUAGGUCUGUAGUGAUUCCUUACUGGUAAGCAUAAAAUAGCCAUGCACAUAUUUGUGAUGAUGUAAGAAUUUACAGGCUUUACCUUAACAUCAUGUAUGUAUAAAUGUAUGCCUUAAGUAACAGAUUGCAUUCCAUCAUAAUGCAUGGCAUCAUAUAAAUAUGCAUGAUUUAAUUAUGAUCAUUUAAAUGCAUUAUGUCCCAAGCCCUUUUCAGAUACUGAUGUGCAUUUUCUGUUCUUAAAAGCAUAUGUAUGUUCAAAACGCAUGUUCUGAAGAAGAACAUUGACAGUUACAUUUUUCCUCUUUGACUGCAUCAGCUGGUUAUUGAGAUGUUUCAAAUGAGGGGGGAAAGAGUUGCCUUAACUAGUUUAUUUCUUUCUCCUAUCAAAGUGCAUUUUUCUACCAAAUUAUUCAAAUUUACAUGAUAGAGGUGAUCUUGGUUUUCACACUAUUCCGUUACUAAUACAUGCAAUCUACACUAGUUCUGUUUUUUUUAUAUAUACAUAUAUAUAUAUAUUUAAUGCGAUUAUUUGGUUUGUUUUGGGGUUUUUUUUACACAAGGUUGUUUUGAACCACAUCUGCCACCCCUCACUUUGCAUUUAGCUUUGAGCAGUUGCUUGAAAGAAAAUGUUUCUUUGUGUAGGUGGGAUAGAAUCUGUAAAAUAGGCACCCUUUGUGUGAUUUUAUUUUCUAUGAACAACUUGCCAAUUUUCAAAUGCAUAGGAUUGUUUCUUCUGGAAUUCCUUUGAGGUGUCAUACAAGAAAAUGUCUGGAGUUUCAAUGGGAACUUCAAGAUUCCUGAUAAGACUGAGAUUGUGUGAACAGCAAUAUAAUGGAAUAAAACUGAUUGUACCAUUUGA